CGACUCUUGGUCACGUGGGACUGACCGUUGUCACGGUAACCGUAAACUACCAGAGAGCGCACAGUUAGUUUACAGUGUAAAAGUUGAGACGAGAGAGAACAAUGUCGGACGUAGGGUCGGAUGAGUUUGACGAUGAGCGCAGUAAAGUCGGGGAAUAUGAAGGAGACAGAAAUGAAGCAGGAGAGAGACACGGAGUCGGGAAAGCUGUCCUGCCCAACGGAGACGUUUAUCAGGGACAGUACGAGCACGGCACGAGGCACGGACAGGGGACAUAUCGCUUCAAGAAUGGGGCGAGAUAUGUGGGAGACUAUCACAAGAACAUGAAACAUGGACAGGGCACCUUCUACUAUCCAGAUGGCUCUAAAUAUGAAGGGUCCUGGGUGGAGGACCUGAGACAGGGCCACGGGGUCUACACCUACCCCAACAGAGACACGUAUGACGGAGAGUGGCAGCAUCACAUCAGGCACGGCCAGGGCGUUUACCACUACCAGCAGACGGGCUCCCAGUACCGGGGCUCCUGGCUGAACGGCAAGAUGGAGGCAGCUGGAGAGUACAUCCACUCUAACGCUAGAUACAAGGGCAACUUUGUCAACAAUAAUCCAUGCGGCCCAGGGAAGUAUGUGUUCGACAUCGGCUGUGAGCAGCAUGGGGAAUACCAGCAGGCAGAGCAGGAGCGAGCUGAGGGCGAGUGGGGCGAGUUGGCCUCCACUGCUGUCCUCAAGUGGAUUCCCAAGUGUGUCACUGGCCUGACGCUGUGGACUCCAGGCAAAGACACUUCAGGUGCACUUGAUGAAAACUACUGAUACAAACAGACAUACCUUAUCAUACCAUAAUCUGCUGCGGGGAAAAGGAAGCGGCUGUAGCAGAGAACUAAGCUGUGUGACCAAUCCACAAUCCUGCGUCUCUCAACCUGUUUACAAAGCAAAAUAACGUGUUCCUAAUAUAUGAAAAUAAAUCUGUUAAGUUUGUUUCUUCACUGUU